GUGGAUAAGGCUGGCCAAAUUUGUCUGGCAGCCAACAUCGUCGCCAGCAUCGAAUCGAACAGAGAAGCCCGUGUCGACCAGCGAAACCCCUCCAAUUCCUCCCCGAAUCUGCGAACGGCACACGAUCCUCACGACCACAUCGCGCUGGCUAAGGCCUUGCCGGAGCAACUACAGCGUUUCUUCGCUCGUUGGCCACCCGCCUCUAUUGCUCCCGCCGGCAAUCCCAAGACUGGCUUCCAAGAGCUCACGCCGAAUCCGUUCGCCGCCCACAAGCACCCCGAUACCGGCAAGUGGCAUGACCCGGUCUACUCGUUGCGUCGACAAGCCGAGCUCGUCAAGCUCGCGCGCCAAAAUGGUGUCGAGGAGCUUCUGCCACCCACGGUCAAGGGUACCGAGGCUCGCAUCGCCAAGCGUGUUGAGUUUGGUCUGAGGGUCAAGGGUACGGGUGUGGGACAAAAGGUCAAGGGAAAGAUUCACGAGAGAAUGGUCAUGCCCAGGAUGGAGAAGAGGAGAGAGGCUAUGCUUGCGAUGCCCAAGCUUAUCAAGGAGUGGAAGAAGGUUGGAAAGAGGAACUGGAAGAGAAAAUUUCACUUACAAAAUCGCCCAGCAUCAACUACAAGGGGAAUUUCCCUCCCCUCCACGCUCAACAUGAGUUCCUCCCCUGCAGCACCGGGCGGCCACACCCACUACACAGUCCUCGGUCUCACCCGCAAACUGCUGCAGGAACAAGCGGCAGAUCAGUCGCAACAAGUCAUCAAGCGGGCCUACCACAGGGCUCUUCUACAGAACCACCCGGAUAAAUACCCACAACUAAAGGGUGACGGAUCUACAGCCUCAGAUUUGACAAGCUCAAGGUCGCCAGCGAAAUCUGACGUCUUGACAAUCGACCAAAUUUCCACGGCAUACAAGGUCCUUUCCAAUACCAAGCUUAAGGCAGACUACGACAGGUCUCUCGAUCUCGCACCCAACAACCAAGGCUUAAAGCGGGAGGAGGCGUUCCAGACGGGUAUCGAGAACGUGGACCUUGACGAUUUGGAAUUCGACGAAGGACAGGAGUGUUGGUACCGCAGCUGUAGGUGCGGAAACUCCCGAGGCUUCUUGUUCACGGAGGGAGAUCUGGAGGAGGCGGGCGAGAACGGGGAAUUGCUUGUUGGAUGUCAAGAUUGCAGUCUGUGGAUGAAGGUCCAUUUCGCUAUAGUGGAUGAGUGA